UCUAGCCCCCCUCGGGUCAGUCAGCAAAUGAACACCAUCGAUUACUCAUUCCGUCUUGGCCAGCCUGUCUGUGCUACAGCGGAUCCUCCUGUUAUUAUAAGUACACCCUGCGCGGGGUCGAUGCUGCUUCCCCUCCCUUUCUACUUCCCAUCCUCUCUCUCUCUUUCAACUUCACAAUCACUUCUCCCUGAAGUUUUAUGACUGUAUACUUACACCGAUUUGACGCAGUUCUCUCUUCUUGAACAUCAUUCCUUCCUAUCUACAUACAAUACUCCCACGAUGGGUGAGUCCAAGUGUCCCUUCAAGGCCCAUGCCAAUGUGGCAGGUGGGGGCACUCGUAACACCGACUGGUGGCCGGAACAGUUGAAGCUCAACAUCCUUCGCCAACAUUCCACCACUUCCAAUCCCUUGAAGGAGGACUUUGACUAUGCCGCCGCCUUCCAGCGCCUGGACUACUGGGCCCUCAAGAAAGAUCUUCAGGCCCUGAUGACCGACUCGCAGGACUGGUGGCCCGCCGACUUUGGUCACUAUGGCGGCCUCUUUAUCCGCAUGGCCUGGCACAGUGCGGGCACCUAUCGCGUCUUUGAUGGUCGUGGUGGAGGGGGUCAGGGCCAGCAACGUUUCGCCCCGCUCAACAGCUGGCCGGACAAUGUCAGUCUAGACAAGGCUCGUCGGCUCUUGUGGCCCAUCAAGCAGAAGUAUGGCGACAAGAUCUCCUGGGCCGACUUGCUGCUGCUGACCGGAAACGUCGCCCUCGAGUCCAUGGGCUUCAAGACCUUUGGCUUCUCCGGUGGUCGUCCAGACACCUUUGAGGCAGAUGAGUCGGUUUACUGGGGUGGCGAGACCACCUGGUUGGGCAACGAUGUCCGCUACUCCGAUGGCAACCCUGGUGUGGCUGCCCCAGGGGUGGUGGACAGCGAUCAAGCCCUGCAUCGCGACAUCCACAAGCGAGACUUGGAGAAGCCCUUGGCCUCGGCCCACAUGGGUCUGAUUUAUGUCAACCCCGAAGGUCCGGAUGGCAACCCUGAUCCGGUGGCUGCUGCCCGUGAUAUCCGCACCACCUUCGGUCGCAUGGGAAUGAACGAUGAAGAGACGGUAGCCCUCAUUGCGGGCGGUCACAGCUUCGGUAAGACCCACGGUGCUGCGCCCUCCAGCAACGUGGAAGCCGAGCCGGAAGGAGCCGGCCUCGAAUCCCAGGGUCUCGGCUGGAAGAACCGCCACCAGUCCGGCAAAGGACCCGACACCAUCACGAGUGGUCUCGAGGUGAUUUGGACCAAGACCCCGACCAAGUGGAGCAACAACUACCUGGAGUAUCUGUUUCGGUACGAGUGGGAGCUCACCAAGAGUCCCGCGGGAGCCCAUCAGUGGGUGGCCAAGGACUCCGAAGCCAUCAUCCCGGACGCUUAUGAUGCCUCCAAGCGCCACCGGCCUACGAUGCUCACCACUGAUCUCUCCCUUCGCUAUGACCCCACCUACGAGAAGAUCUCGCGGCGGUUCCUGGAGAACCCGGAUCAGUUGGCGGAUGCCUUCUCUCGCGCCUGGUUCAAGCUGCUCCACCGCGACAUGGGUCCCCGCAGUCGGUACAUUGGACCUGAGGCGCCCACCGAAGAGUUGAUCUGGCAGGAUCCCAUCCCUGCCGUGGACCACCCUCUUGUGGAUGCCAGUGAUAUUGCCUCGCUGAAGCGGACCAUCCUGUCUAGUGGCCUGGACCGGGCCAAGCUGGUGUCGACGGCGUGGGCUUCAGCCUCGACCUUCCGGUCGAGCGACAAGCGCGGGGGCGCCAACGGCGCACGGAUUCGUCUGCAGCCCCAGCGAGACUGGGAAAUUAAUCGCCAGCCGGGGAUUCAGGAGACGCUGAGCACUCUCGAAAAUAUUCAGAAGCAGUUCAACAGCUCUGCUGCCUAUGGCAAGAAGGUCUCCCUCGCCGAUCUGAUCGUGCUUGCUGGCAGUGCUGCCGUCGAACAGGCGGCUUACGAUGCGGGCCAUGCCAUCCAGGUCCCCUUCAUCCCCGGGCGGACGGAUGCCUCGCAGGAACAGACCGACGUGCAGUCCUUCAGCCAUUUAGAGCCGGUGGCCGAUGGCUUCCGCAACUAUGGUCGUUCGACCCCUCGUGUGCGCACGGAGCAGUUUCUCGUGGACAAAGCCCAACUGCUCAGCCUGUCUGCGCCGGAGUUGGCUGUCUUGGUCGGUGGUCUGCGCGUGCUGAACGCCAACUACGACGGAUCGGCCCAUGGGGUCUUCACGAACCGGCCCGGACAGUUGACAACUGACUUCUUCGUCAACUUGCUGGAUAUGAACACGGCCUGGCAGGCCACCGAUGACAGCCGGGAACUGUACGAGGGCACUGAUCGUCAGACCGGCAAGGUCAAGUGGACGGCCACGCGCGCGGAUCUGGUAUUUGGAUCGCAUGCGGAGUUGCGCGCUAUUGCGGAGGUUUAUGGCAGCGUCGAUGGCCCGGCUCGAUUUGUCAAGGACUUUGUGGCAGCUUGGGACAAGGUGAUGAACCUGGACCGAUUUGACCUCAAGAAGCAGACUCUUGUCUCGUCUCGUUUGUAGUUCUGCUUGAAAAUCUCUCCACUCCUGUAAUGACUUCACGUGCAAUGAAAUCCGUUUGUCGCAUUA